GUGUUCUUGGAGUUGGCCAACUACGGUGAGAUUGAGGACUUGGUCGUGGUCGAUAACCUUUGUGACCACAUGAUCGGAAAUGUGUAUGUGAAGUAUUACCACGAGGAGGAUGCUGAGAGGGCCCUGAUGAAGCUUACAGGUCGUUUCUACAGCGGCAAGUUGAUCCAGGCGGAGUACACCACGGUCUCAGAUUUCCGAGAGGCGCGCUGCCGCGCGCCGGGGGCUCAGGAAGAUCAGGAGGGGUUAUAG